AUGCUAAACAAAAACUCUAAGGCUUUAUGGACUCCCCUCCGUGACUACGUUCGCCGGAGAAAUGCAGGCUUGUCGGGAACUGUCGGAGCACCUUGGACAGUAAGAUCAAACUCUGUUCAACGAGGUUGCGAAAAAGAAAAUGAUCACAGGUUCUGGCACGCACUGAGGGAGGGGGCUUCAGACCUAGCUACAGCUUUGCGAGCAAGAGCGCCUCAACCCAGCUGGAGCCGUUUCGCCGAUGCUACGAGUACAACGGCCUAUGGAUUCGCUGUAUGGACUUGGCGUCAAGGCGCACCCUGGUUGGCUCUUAUGGGGGUUUCAGCCACACUCGCCACAUUGUUGACUGCGAGUGCGCACUGCGAGCGCCAGGAUGCUCCCGAUGCAACGGCUGCUUCCCCUGUGCUGGGUAUCUCCCUCGAAACGCAGCUGGGGGGAAUUAAAACUAAUGAACAAAGCGAGGCGCCGUCGACAUCGCAUGGGAUGGAUUUGUUUAAGCGUACGCUGAUACCCUCGCAAGAGGUUUUCGUUGGCUCUGGAGUGCGCCUGAUGCUCGGACUAGUCCGGGUCUACUAUGUGGGCCUCUAUGUCGAUCCAGUUGGCGCAAGGAAUGUUCUGCUUUCGGACUACUACGGCAAGGAUGCCCAGAUGAUAUGCGCUGAUACUGCAUUCUGGGAUGCAUUCCGUUCUUUCCGACACUCGGUCGUCAUGCAUGUCAUACGAAGCGUUGAUGCGAAGCACGUUGUCCAAGGUCUUGAGCGCGGAUUGACCAAAAGGCUGCGGUACGCCAAAAAUAAGCUGCAGAUGCCUGAUGAUCGCGCCAAGCUUGCUCAGCUGAAAAACUACUUGCUUGGCAUCAGGCAGAUUCCGGAAAACUCGCAGAUUCGCUUCGCGAUCCUGGAUGAAGGUAAUACGUUAAUGAUCGAAAUGAACUCCGUACUCGUUGGUUAUGUUGAAUCGUGUCCAGCGCUAUGUUAUGCGAUUGAUGAUAUUUUCCUCGGCAGUAAGCCUGUGAGUGCAGAAGCAAAGCAGAGCUUCUGUACCGGCAUGGAGCGCAUAAUCAAAGAAUAG